UUUAAUUAAGGGUGUAAAACAUGAAAAUGUCACCUCGAUCAUGUCCUCUUUGAAUUUCGUUCGUAAACAACUUCUGGUGAAAUCUGCCGAAAUUUAUUUAUAAAUAGAAAAGAUAAUUGAAUUCUGCAUUGCAAAUAAGUACUAACUGAUGUACUUGAUACAUAUGCGUUACACAGUAAUACCAAAAACUCAGAAGUAAAUAAUGUCGUUUAUAAAACGCAACGUGAAAAAUAAGUUUGCUCGCAAACGAAAGGAAUCAUCCGAAUCAGAUAAUGAUGAAGCUGAAUCAGCUAUAAUAAUCGGCCAAGAACGGAAAAGGAAAGCUAAUCCAAAUGUUCAAAGUACAUCAUCCUUGAAAAGUCGCCGUAAAGCUACUGAAAACUGCUCGGAUUCCGACACUAGCGAUGAAGUUGGUGUCAGCUAUAAAUCAAACCGCUCAGCAGCACCUACAGGUCCGCAGGAUCAGGGAGCGACAGCUGAAUUGGAAAUAGAAACUUCUAAAAAUAAUGAUGCUCAAGCUAUCUAUGCGAAAAGUAUUGAAAUCAAUAAAGAACUGGAAGGAAAAGAAGAUGAUAAAAUUUAUCGGGGCUUGAAUAAUUAUACCCAGUUCUACAAGAAAAAGGAUAGUGCACUGGGAAAUGCCGCUUCGGGUUUGGUACGUAAAGGUCCAAUUCGAGCACCUUCUAAUAUACGAUCAACGGUGCGAUGGGAUUAUCAACCAGAUAUCUGCAAGGAUUACAAGGAAACUGGUUACUGUGGCUUCGGUGAUAGUUGCAAAUUUUUGCACGAUCGAAGUGAUUAUAAGCACGGUUGGCAAUUAGAGCAGGAAGCAUCUACCACCGGUGGCACAUAUGCAGAUGAUUCCGAUGGUGACGAUACGAAGUACGAGAUUCACUCGGACGAUGAAGAGCUACCGUUCAAAUGUUAUAUCUGCCGAGAAAGUUUCGUCGAUCCCAUUGUUACAAAAUGUAAGCAUUAUUUUUGCGAGAAGUGUGCUUUAGCAAACUACAAAAAAUCUACCAGAUGUGCGAUUUGUGGAGUUCAGACCAAUGGAAUGUUUAACCCCGCGAAGGAAUUGAUUGCACGAUUGAAAACUAGAGAAAUUCAAGAGGAUGAGUCCGAUAGUGAUUGAGAGAUGUAGCGUACAUGAGUUACAAAAUACAACUUCAAACCUGAACGAAAAUUUUACAAUUAAUUCAUGUGUGUUGGGACUAAUAUAAUUUCAUGGUAAAUUUUCAUCUCUUCUAUUGAGUAUACAGUCAAUUUUAAUUUUACACGGAAUAAAUACUAGAGCGUUGCGUUAUGACGAUGGUCUUGGCGGAUUGCACACUGACAUAAUCAUGUUUCCUGCUGUUUGAAUAAUAGGAGUUGCUUAGGAAAUAGUAUCGGGAAUUAAUACCAAUUAGGCCAUAACUCAAACUGACCAUCUCAACAUUAUGAUAGCCAACAUUGUCGACUGCCCCCAUCUCUAUCGUUUUCUGACAAGGAAGAUCAUCAUUCUUAUUUAUAGGUGCUGCGAAGUUUUGGAUAGGUAUGAGGCCGCAACAAGCUAGCGGCUAACGGCUAUGGGAUAAGAUUGAGUUCAGAAUGCACAGUUGGUUUUCAUAAGAAAAUAAAAAAAAUACAAAAAUUAGAACAAUCUCCCAGACUACACAAUUCCUGUCAAAUUGAGCAAUUUAACGUACCUUCAACGCACACGGAUGCAGUCUGUUUAGAUAAAUUUCGCGAAAAACAUCAGAUUAGGUGCAAAUAAAUGCAAAUGACAGUUUCUUUUUA